CCCAGAUUCAAAUUGGCCAAUAACUGUUUUUACUCACGUGCCCUCCAGGACGACAACAUGCCGUAUUUGAAUGAGAACAUCCAGCGGGAUCGCAGCCAGCUCGACACCGCACACUGGGUCAUCUCACUGGACACAGACUAUAUCUACCUCGAGGAGCCCGACUGGUCUGAACAAUCCGUAAUUUUGUCGCCGCCACAGAGAACAAGCUGGGAAUUCUAGCUGCCUGGGAGAAGCACAUGGAGAAAGAAAAAGAGAAGAACCUGAGAAUUCUAGGUGCUUGGGAGACGACGUACAUACAUGUACUCAACAAGGCCGUCCCGGACCAAAAGGCUUGGCAAUUGGCCGCCGAGGCUAAGAAGGAGAAGCCGAAGGAAAUACUCGUCGGCAGCGAGAAGUCCAAGGUGGUUAAAAAGGUGAACAACAAGAAGGAUCUAAGGAAAAUGGAAAAACAGUUGACUCAGAGCGUGCAG